AUGUCUGACCUAUUAGAGCUCACGCACUCGAUCAAAUGGUGUGACGAACCGAAUACCUGGGCUGUGAUCACCGGUUCUACUGAUGGCAUAGGUCUUGAAUACGCCAAACAAUUUGCCGCAAAGGGCUAUAAUCUGUUGCUUAUGAGCCGUAAUGCAAACAAAUUGACAAAAUCAUCACAUCCCAAAUGUCUGAUCCGAGCCCUGGCCGUCGACUUCUCUCAUAAUGAUAUCUACGCCACAAUUGCCGAAGAAAUUGCAGAUUUAGAUGAAAUACACGUUUUGGUGAACAACGUUGGUAUCACUUAUCCUAAUGAAUGUCCAGAAUAUUUCACAAAAAUCCCAAAUUUGAAUCAAUUUAUCGAAGCUAUGGUUAAUGUGAACAUAAUUUCCUGCACUCGACUGAUGGCUUUGAUUUUACCCCGAAUGGAGGCCAGAGGUCGGGGAGUCGUUAUAAACAUCUCUUCAUUUACGGCCAACUUUCCUACGCCUCUAUUGUCUCUGUAUUCCGCGACCAAAGUAUAUAUGGAUUAUCUCUCGCGAGCUCUUCAUGAAGAGUAUAAAUACAAAGGAAUCACAAUUCAAAGUGUUUUACCGUUUUAUGUGUCCACCAAAAUGACUAAAUAUAUCAAAACCUCACUCUUUAUACCAACUCCGGAACAAUACGUAAGAAGCGCUCUCAAGACGGUAGGGAUUGAAUCGCAAACAUCAGGCAUUUUUGGUCAUAAGUUGAUCACUAAUGGUCAGAGGAUUGUCGCCUAUUUAUUUGGCACUAAUUUCUUGAUGAGAUUGGCGUUAAUUCACUUCCAAGAGCUGAGACAACGAUUUUACGCCAACGAAGAUAUAAUUCAUUUGAAUUUCAAACUAUUUAUUCCGACAAAACCAUAA